UUUGUCUUAGCUGUUAUAUAUUUAAUAUGUAAUUUAUUUUAAUUUUUUUAACUAUUUAAUUAAUUUAAAAUGGUAAAUGAUUAUUUAAAUGUAUUUUUAUCUGACAAGUAUAUAAAUUAUCAAGUUUUGGGUCAGAAUCUCAGUGAGAAUGAGUUGCAGUUACAGAAAAUCGCAAAAAUACAGCGGAAUAUUCAGGAAAGCUGUUUAUUACGUGCUUCCAUGAUAGGGCUUGGAAGUGGAGUUUUAGGGAGUUUGGUUGGAACCUUUCUGUAUAGUAUAAACAUGUCAAAUACUAGCGUGGAACCUGAGGUUUCUGUGAAGAAAGAGUUCAUAAAACAGUAUAAAAACUUUGUACCAUACGUUAAAUCUACAAUUAAAAGCUUUGCUAAACUUGGAUUUCUCUACUCUCUUUUCGAAUGCCUCAUUAACAAAAGUAGUGGCAAUAAUGAUAUUAAUAAUGUAAUAUAUGCUGGAUGUACGACUGGUGCAUUUCUUGGCCUUAAAAAUGGCCCUUUCGCUACUGUUGGUGGUUGUAUCGGUUUUGCCACUUUCUCAUUCCUCAUGGAAUCGUACCAACGUAAUAAACAUUCCAAUACGUCCUACUAACAUUCAUCCAUUGAUGGAGUGUAAGUAUAGAAAAUGUGUGCGUUUGGUAGGAUUUGAGGGUUUUGUAUGAAGUUUGAAGGACUUUUAUCUCGUUUUCGAGCCAGAAUUGAAUAGUUUAUGCCAUAACCAAAUAUUCCAAAUUUGCUUAUUUCCAAUUUCUUAUCCACCAAGUCACUAAACACAUUUUAACACUAAUAUAAUCUAAAAUA